AACCCACCCCCACGAAUCCAUCAGAUUUCAUCCAAGUUUCUCAUCUCAUCUGCAUUUCUCUAGAAAACCUAAUUUUCUUCUCCUCCUCCUUCAGAAAAAAAUUCUUAACAAUGGCUUCAAUUGAAGAAACCAACGUCGCUGUUCCUGAAGUGGUUGCAGAUCCAGCACCAGCACCACCACCACCUGCUGAAGCUACUACUGAAGAACAAUCUGUUCCAGCACCAAAACCAAAAGCUGCAAAAGCUAAGAAACCUGCUGCUCCAAGAAAACCUAGGGUUGCUGCUCAUCCAACUUAUUUUGAGAUGGUGAAAGAAGCAAUCACUUCAUUGAAAGAAAGGAAUGGAUCAAGUCAACAUGCUAUUACAAAGUUCAUUGAAGAAAAAUACAGUCAACAUCUUCCAUCAAAUUUCAAGAAGUUGCUUCUCAAUCAACUCAAGAAAUUAGUCGCUGAUGAGAAACUUGUCAAGGUUAAAGGUUCAUAUAAGCUUCCUAGUGCUAAGCCUGCACCCAAGAAAACCACUGCUGCUGCUCCUGCUAAGAAGAAGAAGCCUGCUGCUACUAAAGCCAAGCCUGCCGCUAAAGCCAAGCCUGCCGCUAAAGCCAAGCCUGCCGCUAAAGCCAAGCCUGCUGCAAAAGCCAAGCCUGCCGCGAAAGCCAAGCCUGCCGCGAAAGCCAAGCCUGCCGCGAAAGCAAAGCCAGCCGCGAAAGCCAAGCCAGCCGCCGCCGCUAAGCCAAAAGCUGCUCCAGCAAAGGCGAAGCCAGCAGCCAAGCCAAAAGCCGCACCAGCAGCCAAGCCGAAGCCAGCCGCUGCUAAGCCAAAAGCUGUAGCCGCAAAGCCAAAGGCUAGACCAGCCAAAGCUUCAAGAACUUCAACAAGGACCUCUCCCGGAAGAAAAGCUGCUGCACCAAAACCAGCGCCAGUUACCAAGAAAGCUGCUCCAGCCAAGAAGGCGGCGACCAAGUCAAAGUCGCCAGCUAAGAAAGCCACCCCUGCUAGAAAAGCCAAGAAGUAAGGAUGAGAUGGUGUAAUUUUCUGAGUAGUUGUUUCUGUAAAGUUUUCAAUAGUUGGGGGGUAAUUUCUGGUUCACUAGGAGUAAAAGUCCCAGAAGAAAAAAGUACUACUAUGAAUUUGUAUUAACCGUGGAAGAAUUCUUCUUAAUUUCCAUUUGCUUUUUCCUUUUUUUUUUUUUUUUUUUUUUUUUUUUAUUUUUUUUUCUUAAUGUGUUUUUGAUUGUCCUUGUUUCAAGGGAUUCGAGUCUGUAGAGGUAUUUUCGGGUGCAAGAAAAGAUAAUGGUCUUCACCACAUUGUUUCAGUGGUUUGUUACCUCCAUGAGAAUACUAAUUAGGGCAGCAGGUGUUUUGUCUGUUAUUAUUAGUUAUUAGUAGUGGAGGGCAGGUUGUCAUACGCGUAUCGUUUUCUUUCUGUAAUUGGGUUCAUUCUAUUAUCUACUAUUAUUGUUAACGGA